AUGGUUUCUGCAAUUGAUCCUCCCGCAGUAAAUGGGCUCAAGCCCUUAGAGCUCACGUUCAACCUUCCGGACGGCAGUACUGUGGUUUCCAUUCGGUCUGCACACAAAGCCGCCUUCGGCGCAGGCGACUCAACAUACCACAUCUAUGUGCGGGACGAGCACAUCGGAACGUGGUUUGUGGAUAAGAACUUGAUCGCACGCGUCAGUCCAGCCCAGGUUCUUGAUGAGAGAGCUGAAGUGGACUUUGUACGACGAUUCGAAACGCCAGCUGCCAUCACGAAUGGCAACGAGGACAACGCCGAGCACGCCAUCACUGCUACUCUGGAGAAGCUAUGGAUCAGCAUAUAUGCUCUCUGGCUGUUGCUGCACGAUCUGGACGUCGUUCCUAUUGUGCUUCCAACUCAUCAUACACAAGGCCAAGAGUAUCUCGUUGCCACUGGUCUCGCAGCACCUUCUCCAUUUGGGACCACCGUGGGAGAUGAUCUUCAACCUCAUCGCGUGUUGUUGCUGGCACGCGAGCCUUUCUGGCAAGGUGCAGGUGCCCCAGAUCGUCUGGCUUGGCUACGGACUCGCCCUGAGGCCAGCAUAUCUGGUUUCAAUGGCCAUCUCGGUGUAUUUGCCAGCCAGCAGUCCUUCACCCGCAAAGGCAACGUUUGCACGACCCAUCCUUUGCGGCCCCCAAAGCCAGCCCCGGGCACAGUGCUCUACAGCCGCUACAUCGUUGAACUCGGGCAGCACUUGCAGAUUGUACACAUCGACGCCACCAAUCCAUUGCACUUUGCGACCUAUUGCCGCUGGCAGAACUCCGAUCGCGUCAACCAUGGCUGGAAAGAACGUGGCCCAGACAGCAAGCACCGGGCCUAUCUCGAAUCGCAACGCUUCGACCUUCAUACCAUGUCUUGCAUCUUCCUCUGGGACGGUGAGCCAGCUGGCUACUGCGAGGUUGGCUGGGCUAAAGAGGAUAAUACGGCGCCGUUUGUCGCCUCCAACUGCAACAUUCACAUUGGAGAGUUUGAUCAAAACAGCCAUGUCCUGGUUGGGGAGGAGAAGUUCCGAGGGGGCAAGCGUUACCAAGCAGUCGCUACCAGCAUCAAGCACUUGUGUUUCCUGCGAGAUCCUCGAACACAACAGGUCAUCGCGGAGCCUCGGGUUGAUCUAUCGAGCGUGCCAAUUCAAGCUCGCUUCUUGCCACAAGAGCGCAAGAAGCGCAUACAGCUACCUCACAAGCAUGCGGUACUCUUUGCCCUUCAGAGGGAUCGCUUCUUCCAGGAGGGACAUUUUUACUAG